GAUUUUUCAGAGGCAAUGUCUGUGUUGGAAAAUGUUGUGGUGGAAUUGGGAAACACUUUGAGUGUUGCAUUAGGUGAUAUUGGAGGGGGAAUAACUAUUGAUGCAGUCUCAAGAGAGCAAGCAAAAAAAGCUCCACAAGUACCUCAGGGAGAGGAUCCAUACAUAAAAAAGAUUGUACUUAAAGGAAAGAAAUAUUACCUCUAUGUUCACAGUUAUUUGCGGUUUGGCAAAGAAGCAUCUCGUGCUGAAAUUUUGAAAGUCACUAAUGGUUCUCCUAAUCCUUGCAUUUUAGCUGGCUAUCAUGGCACAUAUACAUAUUCAGGAGAGGAGUAUAAGGCAUUUUCUCCUGCUUCUGGCCCCAACUUUGAUGAAUGCAAAGAGAUAAUUCUUAAGGCACUUAAAGUGAAUGAUCCAUGUCCUUAUGGAAAAUGUAGUUUUGGUGGGAUAUGGAACGGUGGAGGAGGAAGUGGGCAGAAAACUCUUUAUGUUACAUCAUCAUUUUAUUACGUGCCUACAGGGGUUAAUAUUGCUGAUCCAAAUAAGCCCAAUUCCAAAAUUCGUAUCGAGGAUCUGAAAACUGGAGCUGAGCAAGUCUGUAAAACAAAAUAUAAGGAUGCCAAAGCCACAUAUCCACUUAUUUAUGAGGAUAGUCUUCCAUAUGCAUGCUUGGAUCUUAUUUACCAAUAUACAUUGUUUGUUGAUGGAUUUGGCCUAGACCCAUUGCAAGAUAUUACCGUGGCAAAUCAAAUUGAAUAUCAAGAUGCCCUUGUGGAUGCAGCAUGGCCUCUAGGCAAUGCAAUAGAAGCUGUAUCAUCAUUGCCCUUCUAGAAUUAAACUUUGGAUAGUUUAGUGCUAAAGACUAC